CCGGGGGCUGCAGCGGUGAGGUGCCUUCAGCCUCGCGCCAGCUGUAUUUUCAUCUUCUCCUUUAAGGAUAUUGUCCGAAUAGGCUGCGUUUGCUCGAGUGCGAAGAGAGCAGCACAAAGAGAGACUCCGCGGCGGUGGGAAAUUCACUGGUCCAUAAGCGGUCUCCUUUGCGUCGCAGCCAUAAGAGCUCAGCAUCUCUGGCCAAGCUGUCGGUGCAUGAUGGACAGAAAGCCAAAAAGCCACUUUGUAAAUUUGAGGAAGGUCAGGAUGUCCUAGCUAGAUGGUCAGAUGGCUUGUUUUAUCUUGGAACUAUCAAAAAGAUAAACAAACUGAAACAGAACUGCUUCGUUAUAUUUGAAGACAGUUCCAAAUCCUGGGUUCUCUGGAAGGACAUACAAACAGGAGCCACUGAGAGUGGGGAAAUGGUCUGUACAAUAUGUCAGGAAGAGUAUUCAGAAGCUCCAAAUGAAAUGGUUAUAUGUGAUAAAUGUGGGCAAGGUUACCAUCAGCUGUGUCACACACCAAAUAUUGAUUCCAGCGUGAUUGAUUCAGAUGAUAAAUGGCUCUGUCGACAGUGUGUGUUUGCAACAACAACAAAGAGAGGUGGUGCGCUUAAGAAAGGACCAAAUGCCAAAGCACUGCAAGUCAUGAAACAAACGUUACCAUAUAAUGCAACAGACCUUGAGUGGGAUGCAGGUCAUAAAACCAAUGUGCAGCAGUGUUACUGCUAUUGUGGAGGGCCUGGAGACUGGUAUCUAAAGAUGUUGCAGUGCUGCAAAUGUAAACAGUGGUUUCAUGAGGCUUGUGUGCAGUGCCUCCAAAAGCCAAUGCUUUUUGGUGACAGGUUUUAUACGUUCAUUUGCUCAGUUUGCAGUUCUGGACCAGAAUACCUCAAACGUUUACCCUUGAGAUGGGUAGAUAUAGCACAUCUAUGCCUUUACAACCUAAGUGUUAUUCAUAAAAAGAAAUAUUUUGAUUCGGAGCUUGAACUUAUGGCCUACAUUAAUGAAAACUGGGAUAGAUUGCAUCCUGGUGAGCUGGCAGACACACCAAAAUCUGAAAGAUAUGAGCAUGUCCUGGAGGCAUUAAAUGAUUAUAAGACUAUGUUUAUGUCUGGAAAAGAAAUAAAGAAAAAGAAGCAUUUGUUUGGCUUGAGAAUUCGAGUUCCUCCUGUGCCGCCGAAUGCUGCUUUAAAGGCUGAUAAAGAACCAGAAGGAACGUCACAUGAAUUCAAAAUUAAAGGCAGAAAGUCAUCUAAACCGAUCCCUGAUGUGAGGGAAUUAAGUAAUGGUAUAGAAAGAAAGGGGAAAAAAAAAUCAGUAGGUCGUCCACCUGGUCCCUAUACAAGAAAAAUGAUUCACAAAACUCCAGAGUCAUCUCCUCUGGAUAAUGAACCAGUUCCAGUGAUAGAGAACCCAGCCUUGGAAUUACCCUGCACUGUUGGGAAAUCUGAUGGAACUGCACAUUCAUCCAAUACCUCAGAUGUGGAAUCCACAGGUGCUGCCAGUAUGAAAGAAACUACCUCAUCUAACAUUUCCAGACAUUAUAGUUUAUCUGACUCGAGAAAAAGGACUCGUACAGGAAGAACUUGGCCUGCUGCAAUACCACAUUUGAGGAGGAGAGGCCGCUUUCCGCGAAAAGCACUCCAGACUCAAAAUUCAGAAAUUGUAAAAGAUGAUGACAGCAAGGAAGAUUACCAGUAUGAUGAACUCAAUACAGAGAUACUUAACAACUUAGCAGAUCAGGAGUUACAGCUCAAUCAUCUGAAGAACUCCAUCACUAGUUAUUUUGGUGCAGCAGGUAGAAUAGCUUGCGGGGAAAAAUACCGUGUGUUGGCUCGUCGGGUGACACUUGAUGGAAAGGUGCAGUAUCUUGUGGAGUGGGAAGGAGCAACUGCAUCCUGACUGUAGGACUGAACAUUAUGUUCACUGCACUGUCAUCUGUAAGUACAGUUCAUAAUGCAGAGCCACGAGAGAAAUAGUCUUUAAAUGAGUUCUAAAAAGAAAAACAAAAAACAAAACAAAACCAGUUUAGCCUUAACAUGUAAUUGUUAUCAUUACAGCUCUUGUGAUAAAGACUUAUCUUUUUAAAUUCUGAUCUGAGACUUAAAUUUUUUAAUCUGAACAUUGUUAGAUUGUUUUAGGUUGGGAUAUUUUGGGUUACGAUUGCUUAAAAAUGUGCAUGGUGUUUAAAAAAAGAUGACAUUUUCUAGAGAACAUUCCAUGGAUACAGUUAUUGUGAUUUAGAGAAAAUAUUAUGUAGAUAGCACAAAUAUUUGAAAAAUCUUGGUUUGUUUUCUUACCCAAAUGUUUGCAGAAAUGUAUUUCUAUUUCAAUACUUUCUAGAUUUCAUAAGUGCAGUGUAUAUAAUACCUACUGAAGACUGUAAAAUACUGAAGUUUUCUUUCAAACAAAGUGUAAAAAAAAAAAAAAAGAAAAAAAUAUAUUGAGCCUGUAAAUUGCUCUGUGACCAGACUUCAUUGUCUUCUUAAUAUAUUCUGUGUGUGUGCGUGUGCGGUGUGUGGGUAUAUACAGAGGUGUAUAUGCACACACAGACCUGGGCGUGUACAUAGAUGUGUGAUUGUGACCUAUGCAAUACAAAUUAUGGGAUCGGUCAGCUUCUGAGAAUACAUCCCAUAAUUCUUUUUUCAGGAAUAGUUGCCAGUAUUUACACAGCAGCAUUUCUUCUCAGGCUUAUUGGGUGCUGUUGCUUUUUAUGUACUAAGGAAAGGUGUCCAACCAGUGCAGCGUGUUCUGGCAGUGGGUGCAGUCAUUGAUGUUCAUGUGCUCUACAUUCCAUUUUCCAUUUGAAUUAACUGCUAAAAAAUAAUGCAGGAUUGAAGAUUUUUAAAUUAAUUCUAUUGGAAAUAACAAUUUGAAAGCUCUUGUGGCACUCUGAUUGUAAAUUUCAUGUCCCAGUUAUAAAGUAAGUUGACAGGAGUCAUGCAGGAUUUCUACAUACCUGUAGAACAGUCAUAUUUUGAUAAAUGUAGUAUGAAUUAAGUGUGUUAUUGCACAGGGUCAACAAAUGUUGCCAUUUGAAGUAACGUUACUGAUUUUAUUACAACAUUACCUCUUUUGUGUUUAUAAAAUGUACCAAGUUUAAAUUGGUAAGAUUAUUUUACUUGUUUAAAAAAAAAAUCAAAAAGUCUCUUGACAGUAUUAGAUGUUUUUUCUUUGUCUGCUACUUUUGAGGGGGUUUUAGCCAAAGAGUAAACAGAAGAAUAUUUUUACUUUGGUGGUUAUUCACUGUACUGUAUAAGGUUAGUUUUCUUACAUGCUUACAGUUUGCCACCAAAAUAAAAUUAUGUAACAUUAGCAAAUGACAGAGUGGUUUAAAGUGUACUACUUGAGUGAGUACUUAUUUAUUCCAUUAUGUGGUUAUUUGACUUUUUCUGCUCAUCUUGAACAUCUUGAAAAGGUGACUUUUUUGCUGAAUAUUUUUUUUUGUCACCUUAUAGCCAAAGGAAGCAGAGAAAGCUUUUUAUCGGCUUGUGGCUGGCUGGGUUAUAUUAGCUUUAUAAAAAUGCUAAUUAAAGACUCCCACUUCUGUUUACCUUCACUAAAAUGUGUGGGUUUUUUCUCACACCCUCAGCUAUUAAUUUAAUGUUGCCUUGCCUAUAGCUGCAAUAUUUUGAUAACACAGCAACUUCAUGUUAAUUUUUGAAUGUUUAUAUCUUGAGAUAAUGCAAAAUGUAAAGCCUUUGUAACCUUACUCACACCAUCUGUAUUUGUCUUUGUUUCACUUUAUCCAAGUCCUUUAAUUCUAACUGAACACCAGCAGUAUUUUUCAUAAAGAUUCAUUGGAAUGUACUAGGGGACUUAAGUUGGGGAGGUGUGGGGAGAAAAUACUUGUCAAACUUCAGCUGUCCAUAGACCUAACUAUUGUGAAUGUUUUCAUUUUAUUAUGGUGGUUGACUUAACUCUGAUGUUCAGUUUGUAUUUUUGGAAUUGCUUUUCUCUUAGAAUUAAAAGACCAACAUUAAAUGUGUGUAUUUUUGAGAGAGAAGAAUGAGUUUUGAUUCUGUACUCUUGUGAAGCACAUACUUGGUGGCAUCCUCCCAUCCAUCAUUUCCCAGUCUCUAGCUUUCCUGUUCCUGUCCUGGAGACACUUGCCCUGCACAUAGACACUAACUGGUGUUCCAGCUGUGGUUGAGGGAUGCUUUGUUACAAGGUGUCAUGUACUGGAAAAUGCUGCAAUAGUGCUGCUGAAGAUAGAGCUAGAGUAGUAAUUAAAGCACACCUACAAAUGCCUUUCUCAUUUUAUGUGAAUUUCAUUGUAUGUAGUAGUGGUGUGUCUAAAGGAAAAAGACAAAUGUUGUUGUAUGUAAUGAUUUCAUUUUGGUAUAACUCGAUCAUUGUAUGUACGCAUGUGUGUAAAUAUAUGUAAUUCAACUUUGUUGUGGUCACUGAUUUAGAACCAUUUCUCUGUGUAUAUUUAAUAUUUUUCCAUUAUGUUUUAUUUGUAUUACAGUAGUAUUUAGAUAGGAGAUGUCUCUCGUGACAGUUCUAAAAAGAUAGGUAUCGCAUGAACAAGACAGCAAAGAAAUAAUGGCACAAUACUGGUCAGAAUUGUAAGAUAUGCAUCAUAGCAAACUAUUUGUCAAAUCAUUGUUCUCAAUACAACUUCAACAGGAAUUUUGAAUAAAACUAUGGUUUUUCUAUGCA